AUGCCGCGUGCACCUCUCCCGGCUCUCACCCACUUCAGCGCGGGCCACGACGGUGCUCGAGGGCGCUGCUACCUCCGCGCCCGCGCAGGGGGCCGGGAGCUACAACCUCACCGCCCGCGGCUGCCCAGCGCGGAGGAGAGGGGGCCCGCGCUGAGAGCCCGGAGGAGGUCCAGCUGCGUCUCCCUGGGGGAGAGCCCGGCCGGCUACGCCGGCAGCUGCAAGAUGUACCGGAGACCCUCGCUGCCCUGCAUUUCCAGAGAGCAGAUGAUUCUUUGGGAUUGGGAUUUGAAGCAAUGGUACAAACCCUAUUACCAGAAUGCCGGCAGUGGAAAUGGAGUUGACCUUUCAGUACUGAAUGAGGCUCGGGCUAUGCUAGCAGACCUCCUGAGUGACCCAUCCCUUCCAGCACAAGUGAUUUCUUCACUUCGAAGCAUUAAUAGCUUGAUGGGUGCUUUCUUGGGCACAUGCAAACCAAAGGCUCAUCCAUUCACACCAUUUCCUGUUGAAAAAGGAGAGAGAAAACUGCUCAAGGGACUCAAUAGCAGGAGUAGCCUGCCAACUCCACAGCUGAGAAGAGCAUCAGGAGUUUCUGGUAUUCCGCCUGUAGAAUUGCCAUCUUCUAGGUGGGAACGGAGUAACAGCAAGAGAUCUCAUCAGGAAUAUAACACACCAAGCCAAGGAUCUCAUUCAAAUGGAUCUUUUGGGGCAAACCUACCGGCAGCACCAAAACCAAGAUCGUCAUCUUUAACAUUGGCUCACCAUAUAAGUCCCAGGCGAGGAGGUGCUUCUCCUGGCCUGAAUCCUCUGGGUUCACCUGGUCAUGGAUCUGUCUCCAGUUGGUCCCCUGUAGAAUUUCCUGAUACUGCUGACUUUCUUACAAAACCAAGCAUUAAUAUACAUAAGCCUCUGGGAUCCACAUUUAAUUUUCCAGAUCUUCAGCAAGUUAGAACACCUGCAGGUUAUGUGUGUAACAGCUGUGGACGUCAGAUACUCAAGCCUGUUCCAACACCAGAAGCAGAAUCUGCAGAAUACAAGGGAGGAAAAUCAGGUGAAAUUGGAAGUCCUGGUAUUUCAAAAGAAUCUUUCCACCACACAGAGAGGAAACAAGAUGAAAGGGAGGAAGAGAGUCAUCAAACACCAAAUCAACUUAUGGAGCAGAGCCCUUCAUUAGAGAUGGUGUCAAUAGAUCAUGAUUCACUAAUGGAGAAGAUGAACAAUUGGAAUUUCCAAAUUUUUGACCUUGUGCAGAAAUUGGGAGACCAGUCUGGAAGGAUCCUUAGCCAGGUAACUUAUACCUUGUUUCAAGAUACUGGUUUGUUUGAAAUUUUCCAAAUCCCAACUCAAGAAUUCAUGAAUUACUUCUGUGCACUUGAAAAUGGCUACCGAGAUAUUCCCUAUCACAAUCGUGUCCACGCCACAGAUGUUCUGCAUGCAGUCUGGUAUCUCACCACACGGCCUAUUCCUGGCUUCCAGCAAACGCGCGAUGGGCACAUCCUGGAACGGGACAUGGUCAUGGCUUUAUACGUAGCAGCUGCCAUGCAUGACUAUGAUCACCCCGGUCGUACAAAUGCUUUUCUAGUGGCUACAAAUGCACCUCAGGCCGUUCUAUACAAUGACAGAUCAGUCUUAGAAAAUCAUCACGCUGCUUCUGCCUGGAAUCUUUUCUUAUCACGACCAGAAUACAACUUCUUAUCAAAUCUUGAUCACGUAGAAUUCAAGCGAUUCCGGUUUUUAGUGAUUGAGGCAAUCCUUGCCACAGAUCUCAAGAAGCAUUUUGAUUUCCUUGCUGAAUUUAAUGCCAAGGCCAACGAUAUCAAUAGUCCCGGUAUAGAAUGGAGCAACGAAAACGACCGCCUGCUGGUGUGUCAAAUCUGCAUCAAGCUGGCAGACAUCAACGGCCCGGCCAAGGCGCGGGAGCUGCACCUCGGCUGGACGGACGGCAUCGUCAGUGAGUUCUACGAGCAGGGAGAUGAAGAAGCAAGUCUUGGACUGCCUAUAAGUCCCUUCAUGGAUCGCUCUUCUCCACAACUUGCAAAACUGCAAGAAUCUUUUAUUACUCACAUAGUUGGUCCCCUUUGUAAUUCCUAUAAUGCAGCCGGGUUGCUUCCAGGCCAGUGGAUCGAUGAAGCGGAGGAUGCAGAAAGUGCUGAGGACGAGGAUGGAGCACAGUUGGAGAGUGAUGAGGAAGAAAUAGAAGAUGAUCUCAUUUUAAAAGCCGAAAGGAGAAAGGGCAGACGACGAAUAUUUUGCCAGCUAAUGCACCAUCUAAGUGAAAACCACAAAAUAUGGAAGAAAAUAAUUGAAGAGGAGGAAAAAAAUAAAGCCGAAGGAGCUAAACUGCUUCCCGAGAUCACAUCCUUACCUCAAGCAGAUGAAAUUCAGGUUAUUGAGGAAGCAGAUGAGGAAGAAGAGCGACAGUUAGGAGAAGAAAAGACAGGUUGAGCGAACUGGAGUGUUGUUCA